AGGGCGUCGUAUCUACGCGUGCCGUAGGAACCACCCACGCGCUCUCUCCUUCAUUUCCUCUUUAUUACCCCCAGCAACUUCCAUUUUCUUUUUUUUUCUUGUUUUUAUCGGCAAAAGAAUCCUUUUUGUGUGAAUCAGGACUAGCAAAUUGGUCGUCAACGUCAACGACCGGGCGAAUAUCUGAAAUUCCAUUGGAGAAACCAGAGAAUUCUUUGGAGACAAACCCAAAUGGAGAGAGAAUCUUCGUGAAGCUUCUUCUCUUGUUAUCAUCAAAGGGGUUCUUGUAGGGGUAGAGUUCAAAUUAUGCACCAAUUGCCAACUCAAUCCCAUUGUUCUGCCUAUCCUUCCAUGUCGAUCUCCGGUAUUCAGGGCCAACUCCUCGAAGUCACCGUGGUUGGUUGCAACAAAUUGAAGGACACAGAAUGGAUUUCGAGGCAAGACCCCUACGUUUGCCUCGAAUACGGUAGCGCCAAGUUCCGUACCCGCACUUGCACAGACGGAGGCAAAAACCCUACGUUUCAAGAGAAAUUCACGUUCACGCUGAUCGAAGGGCUUCGGGAACUGAACGUUUUUGUUUGGAACAGCAAUACCCUCACCUACGACGAUUUCAUUGGCAGUGGAAAGGUUCAAUUGCAAAAGGUGCUUUCUGAGGGAUACGACGACAACUCUUCGCCGCUACAAACUAAAACCGGCAGGCAUGCAGGAGAAGUUAGACUCAUCUUGCAUUAUGCCAAUGCCAAUGCCAAUAAGCCAGCAACAAGCUAUGCUCCAUCAGCUCCACCAUAUGUAGCACCAUCUGCCCCCCAAGUCUCUAUGUACUCCACACCACCACCAGCAUCUUCAGGUUUUUAUCCACCACGAGCUACUGCUUACCCACCACCACCGUCAGCGUAUGCUUCAUACCCACCAAAGUCAAGCCCUUAUCCAUCAACACCUUACGCUCCUCCUCAGCCAUCUGCUUAUCCUCCACCAUACCCACCGCCUUCAGCUUAUCCCCCUCCAUACCCAGCGCCUUCAGCUUAUCCCCCUCCACCAUAUCCGCCACCCCCGCAUAGCUCGCCCUAUCCUCCUCCUCCUGGUAACUCUUCUUUUCUUAAAAUCAUUCUUACUCUAUCUACCAUGUCAUGAUUUACCCAAUCUUUAAUUUUCUUUCAAACAGGUCCGUUUCCUGGAAUCUAUCCUCCACCACCCUACUGAGGCAAAGCUCCAAUCUAUCCAGAUUUUGUGAUGGUUGACUUCCCAUCCUCUCAAACCCCGAGGUUGCAACGCUCCUCUUGACAAAGUCUUCUGGGGCUUGUUAAUGUCAUCCCUGAUAUAUUGUAGUUUUAGUAUGGUGACGUGUGUUUCCCCUUGGUGGUUAUUUCAAUUGCCCUUGUUGCAAGGGCAUUUCAUUUUAAUUUUGCCGGCAAGGUGUGGUGAUAUUAAAUGGUGGUCAAUGCUCACUAGGUUGAGUUGUUUGUAAACACCCUUUGUUUAAGCUUGGUUUGUGGAAACACAUAAAACUUGAAUGUCUGGUUGCAGAUUGGUAAGUGGUUUGUCAUUAUUCA